AUGUCUUUAGAAGAGCUCUCGUUGGGUAACGAACUCAAGGACGGAUUCAAAACCACUAACAAGUGGGUCUCCAAUGGAAUCAACUGGCUUGCGGACAUACAGGAAUUCUACCGGGAAAGGGCCACCAUUGAACAGGAAUACUCCGCCCGCCUCAAGGAAUUGUGCAAGAAGCACUUUGACAAGAAGGCCAAGAACCUGUCGCACUUGUCUGUGGGCGACGAGCCGCAAAUCACGCCCGGAUCGUUGGAGUCGGCGUCUGUGGUGCUUUGGACCGACGUUCUUACGCAGACAGAGGCCAUAGCCACCGAAAGAGACAAUUUUGCGUCGGAGCUCCAGUCGAAGAUAUGCCAGAACUUGGCGAGUUUGCAGGUGAAGCUGGAGAAAGUGGCCCGGCAGAUCGGCGCCAUCAACGAGUUUUUGGUGGCGGAGAAGAAGGCCACCGAGGACGAGGUGGCCAAGGCGAAAAAACACUACGACGGCUUGUGCCAGAAGACAGAGGCGGCUCGGCAACGGACGGAAAAGUCGCUGGGCGAAAAGUACCAGCAGAAACUCCACGAGCGAGAGGUGGACAUGAACAUUGGGAAAAACCACUAUCUCAUUCGUCUCAGCAUAGCCAACCGCUUGAAAGACAAGUACUAUUUCCAGGACUUGCCCGAGUUGCUAGAUUACUUCCAGGACUUGAACGAGUCGCGCGUGGCCAUCUUGAACAAGCUUUUGAAGAACGCAAACAUCAUAGAGCGCAACUUCAGCGACAAGAUCAAAGAGCUUCUUUUCGAGAUCGACACCACCAUCGAGCAAAACAACCCAAAACUCGACACUGCGAUGUUUGUCAAGCACAACGCAGCAGACUGGAAAGAGCCUCCCGACUUCCUCUUUGUUCCUUGUGAUUUCUGGCACGACGACGAGUCACUCAUCACAAAGGAGCCGGAACUCACAGACUUGAAGAAGACAUUGAAUGCCAGCCUCAAUGCCUAUGCGUCGGCGAAGGAACUGACUCUUUUGGCCAAACAGAGGCUUGAAGAGGCUGCAGAAGCUCGUAAAGCCAGCGGCGACUCGACCACCCUCAAGUUUGAUGCAAAACUUACCGACGCCCUUUCGCUUUUGCAGAAGUUCAUGAGAGAAGAUUCCGCCCGGGUCAAGAGCGAGGUGGAGAUCGAGGUGAUCCAGAAUUUCGCAGGAAACAAAGACUUGUCCUACGUGGAGACGAAGAAAGAGAAGAAGCACGGCUUUGGCUUGUUCAAGUCCAGCAAGCACGAGCAGACCCAGGAAAUUGUGCAUGACGGCCAGUCUAUACAUACAGUGGCCAGUGAGGUGACAAAUAACUCGGGCCACGGCCUUGCAGGUAUUUUCAGCUUGCGCAGAAAUACAACCAGCGCAUCAAAGAGCUCUAGUGCAGAAACUAUGGCCCGGGCACUUUAUCCAUACGACGCCGCAGGCGACGACGAGACUUCCAUAGCGCAAGGCGAAGAUUUAGAGGUCUUGGAAGAAGACGAUGGAUCGGGCUGGACUUUGGUCAAGCUGCAGAAAGGCAAUGGUCUUGUGCCUACAAGCUACAUCGAAAUCACAAGCAAGAAAAAGGGUCCAUCCGUUCCUCCAAAGCGCGGGGCAAGAAGAGUGCGUUAUCUCGAAGCGUUGUAUGACUACAAUGCGGAGGAAGACAACGAGUUGACUAUUCGGGCCGGAGACAAGAUCGCGUUGGUCCAGGAAGACACCGAUGGAAGCGGAUGGACGGAAGGCGAGCUCAAUGGGAAAAAGGGUCUCUUCCCAACAGCAUAUGCGAAAGCAGUUUAG